AUGGACACUAUCGCCAGAUCGGAUGCGGUUUGGUCUACGACAACAAAGAAUGCAGGUCUAGGGUGGCUUGUGAUAAACCGAGAACAGAGGACUCUACAAAAGAGAGGCGUUAGAGUUAUCUACUCUGUCCUUGUUGAGGAAGGACUUGCUCUUAAAGAAGCGGUGGCGACUUGUCGGCACCAAGAUAUCAAGGAAGUGCAGUUUGAAUCUGAUUCAACGCAACUAAUCAAAUCCAUAAACAAGAAGUCCCCGACUUUGGAGAUGUACGGAAUAGUUGAAGACAUCCAUAUACUCGCUAGCGCCUUUGAUCGUGUUGCUUUUGAGUGGAUUCCGAGAAAGAGGAACAGUGAGGCUGAUAUGCUUGCAAAGAAUGCAUUAUUGUUGUAUAAACAAGAGGUGGUUGUGGCAGAUUUAAUGCCCCCAGCAAACUAA